CGAUGGAAGCAGGUAUUAUAUAUAAACAGCAUUGUUUAUACACAGCAGUGAUGCAUGAUUCGCGGAAAGUCCCAUUUGCAUCGUGAUAUAUAUAUUGGCCACACAUCGCCAUGUCAGUUUAUUUUGAUUAGACAGUCUUUUUAUUAUAAACCCUUGGCAGAAUUUCAUUAUAUAAGAAGUUUUUUUUAUAUAAUUUGCUUACCGAUGCACGGUUAUUUGUCAUCGAUUUAAAACUGUCUAACGUGAGAAAAAAUAAAAGUAAUAAGUUUGUUAAAAAAAUAUACGUACAGUAAUGUUUUGUUAUGCAGAUUUGUUUCUUCUUGUUAGUUUUUUUUGCAAAAUUACACAAUGAAUUUGCUGAGAAGGCACACCGAUGAUAUCUGUUAUAAAUAUUUGAAUAAAACAUGGGGAGAACUUCAUUACCACAGGAAAAUGGUAGAUUUCGACGAGGCAGAGAACCACUGUAAGCAGGUAGAUAGAUCGGAGCUUGCUAUUAUAAAGGACCAAGCUACAUUGGAUAGAUUGAUAAUAAAUGCGCCGUUGACCAAUGGAUGUUUUGACCAAUAUUACUGGAUUGGUCUCCGAAAAGAAGGUUUUAGAUUUGUAUGGAGAAACGGUGAUAAAUACAAUAAAUCGUUUAUAAACGUGGAUAACAACUGGAAUGGUAACUGUGUGUCUCUGUUGCGCGAACGCGGUUCUUCAGCAAUUCGCUUUAUGCCUCAAGCAUGUAAUGUGGCUUUGUCGUUCGUGUGUUUCACACCACGCGCACCUAAACCUAAAGUUGUUGAAGGUAUUCCAACACCGAUUCAAACAAUUGUAAACGAGACAACAACCACCCAGCAUUCCUCUAUUCCUCCAGCUACGAUCGGUUUGAUUGCUGCAUUGUUGGCUCUACUUUUACUCACAGUUAUUCUAGUGGUCGUUUGUAUCCGUAGUAAAAAACAAACCAGGAGCAAUAGAGGCAAAGAAGUCCCAAAAAAGGUCGCCAUGGACAAACAAGUUGUACUGAGCAAUGAAUUUGCACUUUAUAGUUCUAUAGAUGUCGAAAACCAGUACGAGAGUGCUCACGAAAUAAAUCCUAUUUAUAACAUGGACAUCACCCCAGCACCCACCAACGUUUGCAUGCAGAACAACCAAGAUAAACAGCAGACUCCUGAUGACGUCAAUAUCGUGUCUGCUUCCGAUAAUGACGUCACUUCGUCUGAAUUCGACUCCGCCAAUACACCUGAUGCAACUUAUGCUGUUGUUAACAAAAAAACUAAGCAGGUCACAGAUGUUUACAGUGUCGUCAACAAAAACAAUUGAUAAUUUCUCUUACGAGAUAAAUGUCGUUUUAUAUAAUCAUAAUGAUAAAGAAUCGAGCGCGUAUAAAAUGACAGUUAUUUACGGGAAUGACGACUAAAACGAAAAGACCACGUCAGGGAAAUUUUAUAACCGAAACAAUAGCUGCAUUGUAUCUGUUUAGACAAGGAGUGCACGAUUGCGCGUGACGCAAUCCAUUUUUACCACCUGAUUAGGCGUAAGGAUUUAGGAAUAUGUGAUUUGUGACUAAACCCCAUGCCGAAUAAAACCUCGCCUUCAAAGGGAAACUAAAUUACGAUUGCGACCUGUUUGCUUUCUCUGCAGACACUCGAUGAUUCAAGUUUUAAAGAUUACCAAAAGUCACUUGCUGUAACCACUUUUUGGCGACUUAUAGAUAUAAGCACGCAGUUUAUGUCCUAGGCCGGGAUAAAAUAUAUCGAUCAAAAAUGUUACACUCCUUGUGCCUUUAUCUUCAAAAUCUUUCUUAAUUGUAAUACUUAGCUAUAUAUAUGCAGCUAUAUAUAUGAGUUAAUUAAAUUUGUUCUUUUUUGAUUAUUUAUAGCUCUUUUUAUCCAUUAAUUUAUGUACAAAUCAAAAUGAAUGAAUAAAUAAAUCAAGGA